AUGGCCAGCUGUCCUGCCCAGCUCCUAGCCCAGGAUCUCCAGCUGCUCCCGAGCCAGGCCCUGCUGCAGGAGUGGGGCUGGGCCCACUCAGACUCCACCUCUCCCACCUCCUCCUCAGACUCCUAUAGCCUGUCCCCUUCUUCUGCACUCCUGGCUUCCCGGGAGCCCCUCCACGGCUGCCUCCUGGGGCAAGCACCCGCUCAGCCCCCCAAGCACCGGGCAGAUCCCUGCCGCAGCAGCCAGAGGGCACAGUGCAGGGCAGGCGGCGGGCAGAGGCAGAGCGCCAGCGAGCGGGAGAAACUGCGCAUGAGGAACCUGUCCAAGGCUCUCCACACCCUGCGACGCUACCUGCCCCCCUCGGUGGCACCGGCCGGCCAGAGCCUGACCAAGAUCGAGACCCUGCGCCUCGCCAUCCGCUACAUCUCCCACCUGUCGGAGCUGCUGGGGCUCAGCGAGGAGACGCUGGCCCAGAGGAGAGGGGGCCCACGCCGGCACUGCCCCCUCUGCCCCGAGGGGCUGGGUUGCUGCCAGGCCAGGACCCCUGGCCUCCGGGCAGCAUCUCCAGCCCCGUGGGAGGGGUCCCCUCUGGCCGCAGAGUCCUGGGUGUCGUCCACCUGCUGCCCUGCCGCAGGGACACCCCCCGAGCCGCACAGGGCACUCAGCACAGACACAGCCUCUUGGCUUUCGCCCCCUUACUGCCCUGCCGCAGGGGACCCCGAGCUGGUUUGGACUCAAAGUACUGGAGCAGCAUCCUGGGUGUCACCCACCUCCUGCUCUGAAACAUGGACUCCCCCGGAGCUCCGUGGGGCCCAGAUCUCAGACAUAACGGCCUGGGGCUUGCCCACCUCCCGCCCCAAGGCAGGGAGCCCUCCAGAGCCCCAUGGCACAGCGUCCUGGGGAUCCUGCACUGACCCGGCAGCCCCCCCGGAGCCCAACGGGAUCGGAGCCACGGACGCAAGGCACUGGACAUCGCCCAUGCACUGCCCCCUGCUGGCUGCUUUCUACCAGGCAGGGCCCAUGUCUCCAGCCCUGGACUGGUCCAUUGACCCCAGCCCCCAGCCAGCCCGCAGCCACCACAGGGGAGUCCCGGCAGAGCCGGCCCAGCAGCAGGAAUGGGGGGCAGCUGGCACGGAAAAGGUGAUGAAAAGCAGGACAUCGGCCGCGUUUGGGUGCAGAGCUACGGGGCUCUUCACGGACUAG